AUGCAUAUUGAUAUUCCAUCUACUCAACAUAGCCAUGAUAGCAAUAGACAUGCAUGUAACUUGCGUCGAAAGUGGUCACCAGGCCCUUUAGAUUGGUUUAGUUUCAAUGUUGAUGCUUCUAUGUUAAAAAAUAGUCAUAGAGCUGGAUUGGCCAUAAUAGUGCGUGAUUGUACAGGGAAAUAUGUGGCUGCUAAAUCUCUUGUUAUUUCAGCUCGAGACAUCGAUCAGGCUGAAGCACUUGCAGUUCUAGAAGGCUUACAAUGGGCUCAACAGAUGCAAUGUGGGAAACUCAUCCUGCAAACAGAUAAUCAAGGUAAUGCGGUAGCUGUCAGAAACUAUAAUAAACAUUCUCGAAGAGAAGAUGUAAACCUUAUCAAUCAGAUUAAGAAGUUGAUAUCUUCUCAUCCUCGAUGGAUUGUAACAUAUGUAAAUAGAGUUUGUAAUGGUCCAGCGGACAAACUGGCCAAGUAUGUUAGAAAAUCAGGAGUGACUAAAGGGUGGUAUAAUAAUAAUCCUCAUAAUGUUAUAAGGAGGCAGCUGCUACUUGACAGUAGCCAAGUGUUGUACUUUACCUUCAUAUAA